GAAAACAUGAGGCACCGCCGAUGCUGCCAUUCUAGCUAACAGUACAGAUGGUACAGACGCAGUGGACGCCAAAGAUGGAUUGUCUUCUUUCAUUAUAAAAGAUCAUUGACGAUGGCUGCGCUGUUACAGUUAAAGGAUCGUAUUAUUGGCUCCAUCAUGGGCGUCUUUAUCGGAGACGCCUUGGGCGUUGGUGUGCAUUGGCAGUAUGAUUUGGACGUGUUGGAACGAGAAAGAGGUUUUGUCACGGACUACUUGGAUCCGUUGCCGGGAACAUUUCACUCGGGAACUCCAGAUGCACCCGCGCCUGGAACACUCAAGGCUGGCCAACUGGAGCAGCAAGGUGUGAUUGAUAAGCUUCUACUGGAGAGUUUGGCUACAUAUGGCGCAUUGAAUCAAUCCGAUUUUCUCCGUCGAUUGGAAGACACCAUCCUGCUCGGAGAUUCUACCAUGGAUGGAACGCGACAAGGAGGAAGAUACGGCUGGACCGAUAAGUCCAUCUGUGACAUUUACAAGGCGCGUAUUAUGGAGGGGAAACCAUGGGAAGACUGUGUGCCACCGCGUAGCGAUACUCCAGAUUCCAUUAUUCGCGCAGCUUUGAUUGGAGCUCUGUACUUUCAAACUCCGAGAGAAAUGGCCGUCCAGGUUCAGACUCAUGCCAGAUAUGCUACAAUGGACAGCAGUGUUCAGAGUCAUGCAGUCGCCUUUGCUAGCAUGGUGGCUGCCACGUUGGAUGCGGAUCUACCGUUGGAUGACACAUUGUCCACAGCCUUGUACAACCAGGCGGGAAAAGCAUUGCCCUUUUCUACCAUGUACAGCUCGAAGGACAACGAUCCAACCUAUGGAACCUACAGUGAGCCAGACUCCAUGCUGUGGUUCGGACAAAUCGCAAAAGGUGUCAAGGCCAACCAGGACUAUCUCCCGUCCAAAGCUCAUCGAGGGGUCCUGUUGUACGGACAGUUUUGUGCGUUUUUCGCUUCCUUGCCGUCGGCGUAUUAUUGCGUAGCACGGUUCCCCAAUAGCUUUGAAGAUUCAAUCCUAUGCUCGAUCAACGGAGGUGGUCAAACGACAAUGCGAAGUAGCUUGGUGGGAGCCCUUGUCGGAGCCAAGGUUGGCCUUCAAGGGAUUCCCAGUCGGUUCCUUCAAGGCCUGGAAGACCACGAGUAUCUAUUGGCUCUGGCCUCAUCCGUGGCCGACGUAGCAGUUGCCAGAAGCAAUUCCAGUGAUGCCUGGAAUUGGCCAAGAAAUAAUAAGGAUGGUGAACACGGUUUGCCGGUUGGAAAGCUUGACAAGAAUAGUGAGCAGCGGAUUGACGGAAACUUGAAUGCCAUUGAUUCGAUUGGUGGUUGGCACUUCCGAGGAGAUACCCCGUUUUCAUUGUCGGGCUUUGGAAAAUACAACCCGGAUGGAUCGGACGGUAGGUUGAUUCCCGCAGCGUUCGUCUUGGGGGUAGCUCUGGCCUUUCUCAUUCCAUCGGCGUACAAGCGGGGUGUCCGUAGCAUUGCAUCCCGGCGACGCAGUCAUCAGUACGAAGUAAUAGCGUAGAAGUGCUACAAAUAGCUAGCU